AUGAAGCACAUAUUCAACGAUCCAAAUGAGCUCCUCAAAUGCGCCAUCAAUGCUCAGCCAACCCUCAAUCCUUCCCUCGCAGUAGACGUGGCCCAGGGCGUCGUAUACGAUACACAUUCACCCACACCGCACAGGCGUGUUUCUGUUAUCGCAGGCGGUGGCUCUGGUCAUGAACCCGCGCAUGUAUCGCUCGUUGGCACUGGUAUUCUCCAAGCCAGCGUCUCUGGCCACAUAUUCGCCAGCCCCUCUUCCACGCACAUCCUCCACGCCAUACAGCGCACACCACCCACCCACGCCAUCCUCCUCAUUAUCAACCAAUACACAGGCGACAAGCUUAACUUCAACCGCGCUGCACAGAAGGCGCGCUACGAUGGUCGCGUCGUGCAUACAGUCACUGUCGGAGACGAUGUCUCACUUUCCCCCACAGCCAUCGCCAAAGUUGGGCGCAGGGGGCUCACAGCAAACCCUCUCGUCUGCAAGGUGGCUGGAGCGGCGGCCGAGCGUGGGCUGGAUGUGGAGGCAGUGCAGCUUAUUAGCGAGGCGGUAGCUGCGAAUGUCGCCACUAUAGGAGCGUCGCCCCAACACUGCCAUGUUCCAGGUCGAGAGAGGGCGCAGGACGAGUCCACCGAUAACUCCUUAUAUGUGGAACUGGGUCUCGGUAUCCACAACGAGCCUGGGGCUAAGAAGGUGGUUGACAAUUCACACUCUCCACACACCCAUCUCAUUCAAGAUAUGCUCCUUAGAAUCCUCUCCUCCCCUUACACAGCCUUUGGUGAUGAGGACGACGUUAUACUCGUCGUUAAUAACCUGGGCGGCCUCUCGCUUGUCGAGCUGUAUGGUGUGGUGGGGGUCGCUAGUGAGGUGCUCACCAGACAACACGCUAUUCACCCCCUUCAUACCCUCGUAGGAUCAUUCAUGACCAGCCUCAACAUGCCCGGCUUCUCCCUCUCCCUCCUCAACGUCACCCGCGCAGAUAGCGUGUGUGGCGGUGUCGGCGGUGUUAGCGUGGUUGAUCUGCUGUACGACCCCACAGCCGUGACGGCAUGGCCAGCUAUGAGUAUGGGCAAAAAUACAAGUAUCGAGCAGGAAGAGAGGCAGGAGAGGGUGGAGGAUGGGUAUGAUGUCGGAGCUGAGGUUGAGACUAAGACUGAGCAGAACAAGACACACGACAAAGUGAACCUUGAAGCGCAACCAUCCACACUCACACCACACUCAAGACUCAUCGCUCAAGCAGUACACAGCGCAUGCGACGCCGUCCUCGCAGCUGAACCCGAUCUAACGCACUGGGACACGCUCGUCGGCGACGGCGACUGCGGUACGACAUUCUCGGGCGGUGCAUCAGCCAUCAAGGCAGCUCUCGCAGCAGACAGGCUCCCGCUCACACAUCCAGCCCCACUCUUUUACUCCCUCUCCCUCCUCGUCGAAUCAAGUAUGGGCGGUACGGCUGGUGCGCUGUUCGCGCUGUAUUUUGGUGCACUCAGUAAUGCGCUGAGCGGGGCAAACGACGUGGGUGAGGCGAAUGCGAGUGUGGAUGUCGACUGGAGUGUGCAUCUCACAUCCGCUGCUCUAACUGCCCUCGACGAACUGCGGUUGUUUACUCCCGCUCAAGUCGGUGAUAGGACGCUCAUGGAUGCUCUCAUCCCCUUCUCCAGCGCGCUCGAGAGUGGGCUGGGUAUCGCCGUCGCAGCUCAGCACGCUAGGAAGGGUGCUGAAGAGACGGCUUUUAUGGUUGCUACUCUUGGACGAGCUGCUUAUUGCACUGAUUAUGCAGAUGGCUCUGACGUUAAUGACAAGGACAACACUCACAACAAUAAAACCCCCAAUAUUCCAGAUCCUGGCGCUAUGGGUGUGAGCGCUAUCAUUGGCGGUAUAGCAGGUUGUUUUAAUUAA